AUGGGAACUGCCGGUGAAAUUUGUGUUUUAGUGAAGUAUUUACCGAAACGGGAAAACAUGCUGGGUAAGCUGACUGCAAAUGUUGAAGGAACCCUAGGAACUGAUAAACAUGCAGGAAAGCUGGAUAAGCUGAGUACAACAAGGUGGACAAUUCGGGCGAACUGUUUCAAGAAGAUCAUCGAAAACUACGAACCACUGAUGGCGUUGUGGGACGAGAGUUUAAAUGAGAAGCUAGACGCUGAAACGAAUUCGAGGAUUAAUGGGUGUAAAAAGCAGAUGGAGUCAUUUUCAUUCUAUUUUGGUCUGAAUCUAGGACGCAAGCUUUAUGCUCACACAGAUAAUCUGUCCAUAACACUUCAGAAAGAAAAAAUGUCAGCAAUCAGCGGUAAAGAAUUGGUUGAACUUACGAACAAGACGAUGCAAGGCAUGAGAAACGAGAGAGACUUUGAUAUAUUCUACGGAACAGUCACCAAGUCAGCAAGUUCGAUGGAUUUCGUUUCUUCGCCAACAGCGCUAAGAAAACGCAAAAGACCAAAGUACGACAUCUUGGAAUUUGUGGAAGGAAAUCCAAGCAGCACUGGAGAAGCCUACUAUCCAGAAACUGCUCAUGCCCACUAUAAGGCCAUCUAUUUCGAAGCAAUUGACGUAAUUGUCAGCGCCAUCAAAGAGAGGUUUGAGCAACCUGCCUUCAAAGUAUUUACAGAAGUGGAACAACUGUUGUUGAAGUCAAUAAGUAAAACGCCAGCCGAAGAAGAAAUGAAGACCGUUAAUGCAAGUUUCUGUGAUGACUUUGACGAUCAAUCGUUGUUGUGUGAAUUGGAGUUGCUACCAACUAUCUUUCGUGAAUCCAGUCCUGUCAACUUCAGCGAUGUUGUAGAUGUUGUACAGUCGUUAUCAACCGAAAAACGAAAAUUGAUAAAAAAUGUCGUCAUCAUCAUACGAUUGGUUUUAACAAUGGGAGCUACAUCCGCUACUCCGGAACGAUCAUUUUCUACGAUGAGACGGUUGAAAACCUGGAUACGUUCUAGCAUGAAUCAGAAAAGGUUCAACGAUUUGUCAUUGUUGAACGUACACAAGGAAAUCUUAGAUACGAUUUCUUUAAUAGAUAUUGCCAAUGAGUUUGUAAGGGCUCAUCCAUCUAGCCAAAAUGUUUUUGGUAUUUUUACAGAAAGCGAUUUGUAA